AUGGACAGGUGCCUGCAAACAGUUAGAUCUGAUACUCAAAGGGCAGCGAGAUAUGUACUGGAGUCUAAGGAAAAUAACUCAUUGAGUCCUAUUAUUAAUUGGGAAGUCAACUUGACGGAUGGUCGCUCCACUUCUUGGGGUCAGAAUCAGAAUCAGCACAGAGGUGGAGGAAUCUUUGGAAAUUUUUCAGCUGCUACUAAUAACAACAAUGUCGCUGCAAACCCAUUUGGGGCAUCUGCUGCUAGCAGCUCACUUGCAACAAAAAAUACAGGAGCUUUUGGCGCAUUUGGUGGAGCAGCAAAUGCGACUUCAUCUGCUUUUGGAGCUGCUGCCCGCACUACAAAUAGUGCAUUCGGCUCCACAAGUUUUGACAGUUCAAAUAAAAACGCUGCAUUUGGGGGACAAUCAUUUGGCAAAUCUGCCUUUGGAGGAACUUCAGGGGGUUCUGGAGCAUUUGGCGCUUUUGCAAAAGCUGCGAAUCCGGUAAACCCUGGUAACUCAACAAAUACGAGUGCCUUUCGUGCAUCUGCAACGGGGAAUCCUAAUCCUUCGUUUGGAUCCUCUGGAUUUGGGUCGUCUGGAUUUGGUAACACUCAAUCUCCCGCUUUUGGAUCCACUGGGUUUGGGAGUAGUGGAUCUCCGGCUUUUGGCUCUACUGGGUUUGGGAGCACUGGAUCCUCAGCCUUUGGCUCUACUGGGUUCGGAAGUACUGGAGCUCCGGCUUUUGGUUCUACUGGGUUUGGCAGUCCUGCCAAAUCUCCUUUCGCUGUGGCGGCUGGAACCACAGCACAACCGUCAACGUCGAAUAGUCAAAAUGCUUUCGGCUCCAAAGCUUCUCCAUUUGCAUCGACAACUGCUCAACCUCAGACAGAGUCAUUUAACUCCGGUUCUCCAUUUGGAAGCAUCGCAAAUAAAAACAAUGCAUUCAGUUCGGCGCCAGCGGUAGCGUCCAGCUCUUCUCCUUUUGGUUCUACAACGGACCAGAAUCCUUUCGCCCAACCUACAAACAAUAAUAAUGUAUUUGGAUCUAAUCCACAGCAUUCAGCAUUUGCGAACUCACCAGCAAUCACAUCUUCUCAAAAUCAGAAGACGGCAUUUAGCGCCCAACCGCAGCAAAACUCGUUUGGAGGCACCUCAUCGUUCAAUGGUUCUAAUACUCUAAACCUUCAAUCUCCGUCUACCAACCCAACUGGACCAAAACACGUUUACACAGAUCAAGAGACAUUACCAGCAGAGACUUUGAGAUUAUUUAAAGAAGCGUUUAGACUCGGGACUGUACCAGAAUGUCCACCACCGAUUGAAUUAUGUUAA